CUUAAAAUUCAGAUAAAUUUUAAUAAAAAGACAUUUGGCUCAACCAGUGGCCAGGGGCAGAGAAGGCCUUGGCAGAGGGCCCCAACACCACUGCCCCAUCUGCAUAGUAUUAUCCACAUGAGUUCCCAGAUUAAGAGUUUUACAUCCCUCCGGUUCCUGUCAGAGCCUUCUGAUGCUGUCACCAUGCGGGGAGGUAAUGUGCUUCUGAACUGCUCUGCAGAGUCUGACAGAGGAGCCCCAGUUAUCAAGUGGAAGAAGGAUGGUGCCCACUUAGCCCUAGCAAUGGAUGAACGAAAACAGCAACUGCCGAAUGGCUCCCUGUUAAUACAAAAUAUAGUCCACUCCAGGCACCAUAAACCAGAUGAAGGUCUAUACCAGUGUGAAGCAUCACUAGGAGAUUAUGGGGCAAUUGUCAGUCGAACAGCUAAAGUUUCAGUAGCAGGGCCAUUGCGGUUUCUUUCUCAAACGGAAUCUGUCACAGCCUUCAUGGGAGACACAGUAUUAUUAAAAUGUGAGGUUGUAGGGGAGCCAAUGCCAACAAUACAUUGGCAGAAGAAUCAAGAAGACCUGGUUCUAAGUCCUGGUGAUUCUCGGAUAGUCAUAUUGCCUUCUGGAGCUUUACAGAUUAGUAGACUUCAACCAGGAGACAAUGGAAUCUAUAGAUGCCUUGCCAGAAAUCCAGCUAGCUCAAGAACUGGAAAUGAAGCAGAAAUUAGAAUUUUAUCAGAUCCAGGUUUACACAGACAACAGUUUUUCCUGCAGAGACCUUCCAAUGUGGUAGCUAUCGAAGGAAAAGAUGCCAUUCUAGAGUGUUGUGUUUCUGGGUAUCCUCCACCAAGUUUUACCUGGAUUCGAGGAGAGGAAGUGAUCCAAGUCAGGUCCAGAAAGUAUUCUUUAUUAGGUGGCAGCAACUUACUUAUUUCCAAUGUGACAGAUGAUGAUACCGGGAUAUACACUUGUGUUGUCACCUACAAAAAUGAGAAUAUCAGUGCCUCAGCAGAGCUCACAGUAUUGGUUCCACCAUGGUUUUUAAUUCACCCUUCAAAUCUCUAUGCCUAUGAGAGUAUGGACAUUGAGUUUGAGUGUGCUGUCUCGGGAAAACCUGUGCCUACAGUGAACUGGAUGAAGAAUGGAGAUGUGGUCAUACCUAGUGAUUAUUUUCAGAUAGUGGGUGGCAGCAAUUUGCGGAUCCUUGGAGUAGUAAAGUCAGAUGAAGGUUUUUAUCAAUGUGUAGCUGAGAAUGAUGCUGGGAAUACACAGACCAGUGCCCAGCUAAUCAUCCCUGAACCUGCUACCCCAAGUUCCAGUGUCCUCCCCUCUGCUCCCCGAGAUGUGGUCCCUGUCUUGGUUUCCAGUCGCUUUGUUCGUCUCAGCUGGCGUCCACCUGCAGAUGCAAGAGGGAAUGUUCAGACUUUCUCCAUCUUCUUUUCCAGAGAAGGUGACAACAGGGAGCGAGCAUUGAAUACAACCCAGCCUGGGUCCCUUCAACUUACAGUGGGAAACCUGAAGCCAGAAGCAACUUACACAUUCCGAGUUGUGGCCUAUAAUGAACGGGGACCAGGGGAGAGUUCUCAGCCUAUUAAGGUGGCCACCCAGCCUGAAUUGCAAGUCCCAGGGCCAGUUGAAAACCUGCAAGCUAUAUCUACCUCACCUACCUCAAUUCUUAUUUCCUGGGAACCCCCUGCCUAUGCAAAUGGUCCAGUCCAAGGUUACAGAUUGUUCUGUACUGAGGCUUCUACUGGAAAAGAACAGAAUAUAGAGGUUGAUGGACUGUCUUACAAGCUAGAAGGGUUGAAAAAAUUUACAGAGUAUACCCUUCGCUUUCUGGCUUAUAAUCGAUAUGGGCCAGGGGUAUCCACCGAUGAUCUCACAGUCGUGACACUUUCUGAUGUACCCAGCGCUGCCCCUCAGAACAUAUCCUUGGAAGUGGUUAAUUCAAGGAGUAUCAAAGUGAGUUGGCUACCUCCACCGCCAGGUACACAAAAUGGAUUCAUUACUGGUUAUAAAAUCCGACAUAGAAAGACAACCCGCCGAGGUGAGAUGGAAACACUAGAGCCAAACAACCUCUGGUACUUGUUCACAGGACUAGAAAAAGGAAGUCAAUACAGUUUCCAAGUGGCAGCCAUGACAGUCAAUGGUACUGGUCCCACCUCAGACUGGUAUACAGCUGAGACACCAGAGAACGAUCUUGAUGAGUCCCAAGUUCCUGACCAACCAAGUUCUCUUCAUGUCAGACCCCUGACCACCAGCAUUGUAAUGAGUUGGACCCCUCCACUCAACCCAAACAUUGUUGUCCGAGGGUACAUCAUUGGAUAUGGUGUGGGAAGCCCUUACGCAGAGACGGUUCGUGUGGAUAGCAAGCAACGGUACUAUUCCAUUGAAAAGUUAGAGCCAAGUUCCCAUUAUGUAAUCUCCCUAAAAGCCUUUAACAAUGCGGGAGAGGGAGUUCCUCUCUAUGAAAGUGCCACCACCAGAUCUAUGACAGAUCCCAUUGACCCAUUGGAAGCUGAUUUUUAUCCUUUACCUGACGAUUUCCCUACCUCAGUCCCAGAUAUCUCCACCCCCAUGCUCCCACCAGUAGGUGUUCAGGCUGUUGCGCUUACCCACGAUGCUGUGAGGGUCAGCUGGGCAGACAACUCUGUCCCUAAGAAUCAGAAAACAACUGAAGUUCGAUUUUACACUGUCCGAUGGAGGACCAGCUUUUCUGCAAGUGCAAAAUACAAGUCAGCAGAUAUAACAUCUCUGAGUCACACAGCAACAGGCCUUAAACCAAACACUAUGUAUGAAUUCUCAGUCAUGGUAACCAAAGGUCAAAGAUCAAGUACAUGGAGUAUGACUGCGCACGCCACCACAUAUGAAGCAGCUCCAACUUCUGCACCCAAGGAUCUGACAGUCAUUACUCGGGAAGGGAAGCCUCGAGCUGUCAUUGUGAGCUGGCAGCCUCCUUUAGAAGCUAAUGGAAAAAUCACUGCUUACAUCCUCUUUUAUACUUUGGACAAAAAUACACCAAUUGAUGACUGGAUUAUGGAAUCAAUCAGUGGUGAUCGACUGACUCAUCAAAUUAUGGAUCUUAACCUUGACACUGUGUACUACUUUAGAAUUCAAGCCCGAAAUUCCAAAGGAGUGGGGCCUCUCUCUGACCCCAUUGUUUUCAGAACAUUAAAAGUGGAACACCCUGACAAAAUGGCUAAUGACCAAGGUCGUCAUGGAGAUGGAGGUUAUUGGCCAGUUGACACAAAUUUGAUAGAUAGAAGCACACUUAAUGAGCCACCGAUAGGACAGAUGCACCCCCCACAUGGCAGUGUCACUCCUCAGAAGAACAGCAACUUGCUUGUGAUCAUCGUUGUCACUGUUGGGGUCAUCACAGUAUUGGUGGUGGUGAUAGUAGCUGUGAUAUGCACCAGACGCUCUUCAGCUCAGCAAAGAAAGAAACGAGCCACCCAUAGUGCUGGCAAAAGGAAGGGAAGCCAAAAAGACCUACGGCCUCCUGAUCUUUGGAUUCAUCAUGAAGAAAUGGAGAUGAAGAAUAUUGAAAAACCAACUGGCUCAGACCCUGCAGGAAGGGACUCACCAAUCCAGGGUUGCCAGGAUAUUACACCAGUCAGCCACAGUCAAUCAGAAACACAGCUGGGAAGCAAGAGCACAUCCCAUUCAGGUCCUGAUGCUGAAGAAGCUGGAAGCACUAUGUCGACACUAGAGCGAUCACUUGCUACCCGAAGAGCCACUCGGGCCAAACUGAUGAUUCCAAUGGACUCCCAGCCGAACAACCCCACUGUUGUUAGUGCCAUCCCAGUGCCAACACUAGAAAGUGCCCAGUACCCAGGAAUCUUGCCAUCUCCAACAUGUGGAUACCCUCAUCCUCAGUUCACUCUCCGCUCUGUGCCGUUCCCAACACUUGCUGUUGAUCGAGGCUUCGGAACAGGAAGAAGUCAGUCGGUUAGUGAAGGACCAACGCCCCAGCAACCACCCAUGUUGCCCCAGACACAGCCUGAGCACCCCAGCAGUGAGGAGGCUCCAAGUAGGACCAUCCCCACAGCCUGUGUUCGACCCACUCAUCCGCUCCGCAGCUUUGCCAACCCCUUGCUACCUCCACCAAUGAGUGCAAUAGAACCAAAAGUCCCUUACACACCACUUUUGUCUCAGACAGGUCCUACCCUGACCAAGACUCAUGUGAAAACAGCUUCCCUCGGAUUAGCAGGAAAGGCCAGGUCUCCCUUGCUUCCCGUGUCAGUCCCCACAGCCCCCGAAGUGUCUGAAGAAGGCCACAAGCAGCCGGAGGAUCCAGCCAGCGUAUAUGAGCAGGACGAUUUGAGUGAACAAAUGGCAAGUUUGGAAGGGCUAAUGAAGCAACUCAAUGCCAUCACAGGCUCAGCCUUCUAA